UGUAUUGUAUUGUACAAUACAUACUAUGCAAAUAAUAAAAUAAUAUGUAAAUAAUGCUCCGCCACACUUGACUAUCUCCAUUUCCAUCUAUCUCAUCAUAGUGCUGUGCACUUGCAUACCUUUCUUACAUACAUGUAGUAUUAUUUAAUAUACUACCAUCUGCAAUCACCUACAUGAAAUAUACACACUUGACAUACACCAAUACUUACACACAGCAUCUCGCUCCCGUAUAUGAGGUCCACAUGGAAUAUGAUAUAAAGACCCGCCGUGCCCAUCGGAAAUCCCGUGCUGGCUGUGCCGAAUGCAAGCGAAGGCAUAUCAAGUGCGAUGAGGGCCGGCCAUCCUGCGGGAACUGCUCAAUCAGCGAGAGGCAUUGCUCAUAUCUGUCAUCGCAACCCAAUCUUCCGGUCCCCUGCAGCAGCCCAGGGUCUUCUUCCUCCAGCCCGCAACCCCCUUUACUUCAAUCAGAAUCAUCUUACCAGGCCUCCCCCAAUAGCCCGGGCGAUGACUCCCCGGUUAUCCCGGACGCCAACAUGACUCAGUUAGAACUCUUUUACCACGCUACCAACAGUGACUUCGACCUGCCCCCCAUGUCGGACAACCCUAGCAACAAUGUCUCCUUUGCCAUGUUCGCUGACAUCGCCAUGUCCUGCCCCUACCUGAUGAACGAGCUGCUCGCCUUCUCCGCUCUCCAUCUCGCCCACAUCAACCCCGCCAAGGCGCGUUUCUACCGGCACCAGGCCGUAGGCCUGCAGACCAACGCGCUAAGGAUCUUCAACUGCGAAAUGACCAAAGUCACCGAGGAAAACUGCAUGGCCGUCAUGAUCUUCUCCUGGCUCAUGACCAUGCACACCCUCUCGGAGUGCAAGGAGUCCUCCGACACCCACAGCUUCCUGGACCAGUUCCUCCGCUACAUGCACCUGCACUACCAGGUCAGCGCCGUCACACGAGAAGCAUGGCCCCUGCUGCUGCAGUCGCAGAUGGGCCACAUGAUCCUCGAGAACGCCAAGGUGGUCGAGCACACCGAGUCCGGCUCGCACACCGCGAAUCUCAAGCGCUGCAUCCGCGGCUCGGAGACGCUCGACGACGGCGAGAAGGCGACGUGCGAGCACGCGCUCGGCCGGAUCCAGUGGUUCUUCAACCGCAUCGACGGGAAGGUGCCGCAGGCCGACCUGCCGGCCCUCAUGUUCCUGUCCCUCGUCUCCUGGCCCGUCACCAUCAAGCGCGACUUCCACCGGCUGGUCGCCGAGAGCGCGCCCGAGGCGCUCAUCGUCCUGUCGUACUACUGCAUCCCGCUGCACAUGUUCCGCGAACUCUGGAUCAUUGGGAACGCGGGACAGCUGUUGGUGCGGAAUAUUCGGCUGCAUCUGGAUGAGAGGUGGCAGGAGUGGCUGGAUUGGCCGGAGGCGAUGACGAGUGCGGGUACGUGAUGCUGGGAUUGGGGAUAUAGGAUUAACAAUUUAGUGGUGUUCAGGAAUGGCCGGUCGGUUCGUGUAUUUGUUUCUUUGUUAGCUGAGGCUGGCUUUGUGACGGUUAAGAUCAAGUACUGGGUACUACUGUAGGUUAGGCAUGCAUGCAUGUAUGUAGGUUAGAAACCCCCCUUUUUGGUUCAAGGGGCGUUCUGGUUAUCCUAGAGGGAAAAUACCUACUCUGCUAGACCUAAAUAAAUAUUAUAAUUCAUUAUAAUCGA